ACUUUUCGGCUAAGCUCUUGUCGCACCCCCCUACCAAUCGCCAUUAUACAAAGACUUGACUUUUUUACGUGCUUCUCCGCACACUUAAGCGAACUGGGUCGACGCCAAAACUCGCCAUUUCUGCUCAGAAAGGCUCAAAAGCUCGGCCCUUCUUUGUUGGGUAAAGCUCAUUGUCGUUCCUCAGAGAAUGGCUGCAGCGAGAUCGAGGCUGUGGUUGUGUUUUCUGCUAUUUUUCGUGGCAUUGCUCGAAGCACGAGGAGUCCCCGUGGGAAUUACCUACGUCCGAAACGCGGUAGCCAGAGGAGCUGUUUGCUUGGACGGGAGUCCUCCAGCUUAUCAUUUCGAUAAGGGGUUCGGUACCGGCAUCAACAAUUGGUUGGUCCACAUCGAGGGUGGCGGAUGGUGUAACAAUGUCACAACCUGUCUCGCCCGCAAGAAUACCCGGCUAGGUUCAUCCAAGCAGAUGGCCAAGGAGAUAGCUUUCUCUGGGAUACUCAGCAACAAACGAAGAUUCAAUCCUGACUUCUACAAUUGGAACAGAAUCAAAGUCCGAUACUGCGACGGGGCAUCAUUUACUGGAGAUAUCAAAGCUGUAAACCCAGCAACAAACCUGCACUUCAGAGGAGCCAGGGUUUGGCAAGCCGUGAUGGAAGAUCUGCUAUCUAAAGGAAUGAAAAGCGCGGAAAAUGCUAUUCUUUCUGGCUGUUCAGCUGGUGGAUUGACUACCAUACUACACUGCGACAGCUUCCGAGCUCUCCUACCGAUGGGAGCUAAAGUGAAGUGCCUCUCGGACGCUGGUUAUUUCAUAAACGCGAAGGAUGUUUCGGGGGCGCUUCAUAUUGAAUCCUUCUACAAUCAAGUUGUUGCAACACAUGGAUCGGCCAAGCAUAUGCCACGAUCCUGCACUUCAAUAUAUAGACCGGGAUUGUGCUUUUUCCCUCAGUACAUGGCUCGACAAAUGCAGACACCGCUAUUCAUUCUCAAUGCGGCCUAUGAUUCUUGGCAGAUUAAGAAUAUUUUGGCACCCGGAGUGGCUGACCCGCACGGGACCUGGCACGGCUGCAAGCUCGAUAUCAACAACUGCUCUCCUAAUCAACUCAAAGUCAUGCAAGAUUUUAGGUUGGAGUUCAUGUAUGCAUUGGCCAGAUUGGGGAGCUCCUCAUCAAGAGGGGUGUUUGUAGAUUCAUGCUAUGCGCACUGCCAAUCCGAGACGCAGGAGACAUGGUUGUGGGGCGACUCUCCCGAACUGGCGAAGACGUCUAUAGCAAAGGCAGUUGGAGACUGGUUCUUUGACAGGAAACCCUUCCAGAAGAUAGAUUGCCCAUAUCCUUGCAAUCCCACCUGCCACAACCGGGUCUUUGAUCCCCAAGAACACCCAAAUUUAUAGUCUCAUCAGCUAAUUAAUAUGCAUUGAUUAUUCUUUUAGAGAGUCAAAGUCAUUGAUAUUAGUUAUAAUAAGAAGAGAGAGAGAAUCUGUUAAGUCAAAAAAUAAACAAGGGUCGCCCGUGGCACCAAAAAUUGGUGCUGGGCCUCUUCCAUGUCAUUAUUUUGUAUGUAAGCAAUCGUUCAUGCAACUAUAUGUAUUCGGGCUACAUUGAAUGAAAAUUGAAAAAGGAUGAAAAAACAUACGUUACAUUCUUAA